CCAUUGCGGUCCGGGUGUGGGUGCGCUCACCACCACCGACAGAACCAAAUGGGCUCUAAAUCGCAAACAUUUACUAGAAAUGAGUCCCGAAAACGAAAAAUACUUACAACUCAUUGAAAAUGCAUUGACUGUCGCUGUGUUAGACGAUAAGGAGCCGAUCACUCACGAAGAAGUCUGUUACGAGGGAAUGUGCGGUAAUGGUGUGGACCGUUGGGCCGAUAAGUCGCUUACAAACAUAACCUUCAAAAACGGGAUGAGUGUCGCCAACGCAGACGUAAACCUAUUGCCUAAGAGC